AUGUACUCGAACUCGAACGCCUUCCUGGGCGGAAACAGUCAACGGCCCGGCGCGCAGCAAUAUGGAAGCUCUUUCGGCAUGGGAGGCGGACAGCCAGGACAGCAGCAGCAGCAGCAGCAGCCAAGUCCGUUUGCUCCUCAGCCCACAGGCUUUGGUCAGGCGCCUCUGCAACAGCAGUAUACCGGCUUCCCAGGCAUGGCACAACAGCAGCAGCCUCAGCCGACCGGCUUUGGUCAACAGCUCCAACCCCAACCUACUGGCUUCGGACAGCAGCUUCAACCCCAACAGACUGGGUUCGCUGGUCAGGCCCAGCCUCAGCAGAGCUUCCAGACCGGCGCGCCGCCGAUGCCUUCGAUCCCCCCGCAGUUCCAGCAGCAGUUCCAGCAACAGCAACAACAGCAGCCGCAACAGACUGGAUUCCCUGGCUCUCAGCAGCAGCAGCAGCCUCAACCGACCGGCUUCGCACAGCCUCAGCAGCCCCAGCAGACUGGUUUCCCCCAGCCGCAACAACCUCAGCCGACUGGCUUCCAGCAGUCGACCACGACCCCGUCCCCGGCUCCUAUCAAGCCGCAGGCCACUGGCUUCAGCCAGAUGGCCGCGUCGUUCCAAACUGGAGGCACACCUAAGCCGGCUGGUCGUCGCCCGAAGGCUUCCAACAAGAUCCCGAACAUUCGGUUGUCUUUCAUCACUGCCCAAGACCAGGGCAAGUUCGAGGCGUUGUUCAAGUCUGCGGUUGGCGACGGCCAAGAGACUACCAUGUCUGGAGACAAGGCAAGGGACCUGUUGCUGAGGUCGCAGCUGGAUGGUGACUCUCUUUCACACAUUUGGACACUCGCCGACACCACUCGAUCCGGACAACUUCAUUUCCCCGAGUUCGCCCUCGCAAUGUAUUUGUGCAACUUGAAGCGUAACGGAAAGGCCUUGCCCCCCACGCUGCCCGAGACUAUCAAGAACGAAGUAUCCAGCAUGGUGGACAUAAUCAACUUCAGCAUUGCUGAGGAUGCCGGCCGUGCCACUCCUGGUAGCAAUACCACCGGCCGAUCGAGCACGGAGCCUACGAUUCACCAGCCUCAGCCUCAGCCCUCGAACUCUCAACUGCUGCAGGCACAAAUGACUGGAUUCCCUGGCCAACAGCAGGGCUUCGGACAGCCCCAGGGCUUGCAACCUCAGCAGACUGGCUUCCCUGGCGUCAACCCGCAAGCCACUGGUUACACGGGUCCUCGCCCUCCCAUGCCCCCCAUGCCCACUGGCUUUGGCAAUAACCUCACUCCCGGUGGAGGACCCAUGGCUGCGCCUCUGAAUGCGCAGCCGACAGGUCGUCCGGGCCAAUGGGGUCUUGUGAACACUCCCUCAACUGGUUUGCCGAAUAUCGAUGCUUUGCAGGCUAGAAUGAUGCCCCAGCAGGGCCGCGAGCAGCAGAGCUUUACCACUCAGGGUCUUCAGGGCAAUGCGGUUAUUCCAUGGGCGAUCACCAAGGACGAGAAGCAACGUUACGAUGCUCUUUUCAAGGCUUGGGACGGCCUUCACAAGGGUUUCAUUGGCGGAGACCAGGCCAUCGAGAUCUUUGGCCAAAGUGGUCUUGACAAGCCGGACCUUGAGCGUGUUUGGACUCUGGCGGACAAUGGUAACAAGGGUCGCUUGAACCUGGACGAAUUCGCAGUUGCCAUGCAUUUGAUCUACCGAAAGCUCAACGGUUAUCCCAUUCCCAACAGCUUGCCGCCUGAGCUCGUUCCUCCUUCCACGAGAAACAUUAACGAAUCGAUUGGCACUAUCAGAUCCAUGUUGAGCCAGGAGUCUGAGUUCCGCAACAAGUCUGGCGCUGCACUCCUUCCCCAAAAGACUGGAGUCAGUUAUAUGAAGAGCCACUCCCUUCGCGGCACUCCUGCUGGCCUGAACAGUGGGCGUAAGGAUGCCACUGUGUUCAAGAACAACGAUGACCAGGUCGGCUACAAGUCUAGCGCCCGCCGUCGCGUCGGCAACAACUCGCCGCGCCCUGAAUCUCCUGCCUCCUCUACCUACGAGGACCUGAACCUUGACCAGCUUCGCAAGAAGAUCCGGGAGAAAGAAGUGCUCCUUGAUGCUAUGGACUUUGCGGACGAGAAGAACUUGGAGGAGGACGACAUGCUUGACAGACGUGACCGUCGGGAAGCCGAGGAGCUGUAUCGCCGUAUCCGCCGCAUCCAGGACGAUAUUGAUGCUCACCCCGACGCCGCACUUAUCUCGGGAGACUCGGACGCUGAGAGACGCGCUCUGAAGCGCCAGCUCCAAACUCUGACGGACAAGGUUCCUGAACUGGCUUCUGCAGUUCGUAAGACGGAGAAGGCUAUCGCAGAUGCAAGACUCGAGCUCUUCAGGCUCAAAGAUGCCAAGGCCCACCCCGGCAGUGCAUCUACCAUCGUUGGAACUGGACCUGGUGGUGCUGUCACGGAGUCUGACAGACUUAAGGCCAGGGCCAAGGCUAUGAUGCAGCAGCGCACAGCGGCUCUGACAGGCAAGAAGGUCGAGUCGAGCUUUGAUGAUCUCGAGGGACCUAAGCGCUUGGAGGAGGAGACGCUCAAGGUCAAGACCGAGAAGGAGAACAACGAAAGCAUGGUCAGGGACGUUGAAGACUCCGUGCGUGACUUUGCUCGUGGCAUUGAAGAUAGCCUGAAGGAAGGUAACGCAACCGCUACCAAUGAACACGAGAAGCGACGCUGGGAGGAUGCCCUCGGUGUUGAGGAGGAGGUCAGAGACUUCAUCUUUGAUCUCCAGCGGUCAAGCCGUGCCGCGCGUGUUAGAGCCCAGGACAAACGCACCACGUCCAGAUCUCCGGCUGCGGCUUCCCGCGCUUCGCCGGCACCGGCAGCUCGUCACGAGAGCCCCGCUCCUCCGUCCCGUACCGCCACUCCGUCAAGCGCUGGCGGAGGCUCAUACUCGUCUUAUAAGACCCCUGAAGAGCGAGCAGCCUUCAUCAAGCAGCAGGCUGAGCAACGCAUGGCUGAAAGACUUGCAGCUUUGGGCAUCAAGGCUCCCAGUAAGCCUGGUGAGACGGCUGCCCAGAGAAUGGAGCGUGAAAGAGCCGAACGUGCUGCUAAGCUGCGCCAGGCCGAGGAGGAGGAUGAGCGCCGUGAAGCUGAGCGCCAGGCACGCCUUGCGGAAGAAACAGGUGCCCCAGCACCAGCCUCAGCCAGCAGCAAGAAGCCGCCGCCGCCGCCUUCGAGGAAGGGUGCCAAGGGUGACACCACUGACAGAGACGCUUCGCGCAAGGCUGAGGAGGAACACGCUGCCAAACAGGCAGAGGAGGAGCGUCUUGCCAGAGAACAUGAAGAGCAACAGCGUGCUACCCAGGAGAUGGAGGCCAACGCAAAGGAGGCGGAGAACGAGGUCGAGAAGGAGCGUUCUGCUGCUGAAGCCCGUCUCAAGGCUCUCGAGGAGCAAGUCAAGCAGGGCAAGCUCAAGAAGGAGGAAGAGAAGCGCAAGAAGAAGGCGGCCCUGGCCGAGGCCAAGGAGAAGGAGUCCAAGCUUGCUGCUCAGAGAGCCGAGAUUGAAGCGGCUCGGCAACGCGAGCUGGAGCUUCAACGCCAGCUCGAAGCCUUGAAUGAUGAUGAUAGCUCUUCUGACGACGAGGACGGCCCAGCCCAAAUCACUCCUCAGGCGUCGACUCCUACCCAGGGUGGCAGCCAGAUUAGCAGCCAAGAGCUGGAGAAGCAACCCUCGCCGCCCCCUGUUCCAACUGUGGUUACUAGCCCCCCCACAGAGAACGAGAGCCGCAACCCAUACUUCCGUAUGCUCUCGCACUCUUCCGAAUCGACUUCGGCCCCCAGUGAGCCGGCCCCACCUGCGGCCGCGCCGCCGCCGCCGCCGCCAGCGGCUGCACCCGACGUGUCGACCAACCCGUUCCAUCGUAUGACCCAGGAGAGCAAGGCUGCACCUGCGUCUUCUGCUCCCGCCCCCCCUGCUCCCUCUGGACCGUUCUCUCGCAAGCGUCCUGAUGAUGAUGACGACGGCUGGGGCACGGAUAAGGAUGAGGAGGAAGACUCCGAUGAUGAUGACCGUCCCGGUGGCAGCAGCGCCGCCGCCCUUGCUUCCAUCCUGUUCGGCACCAUGGCACCACCUCGGCCGCUGUCGGCCACUGGCGAUAAGCCCACAUCCAACCCUGUCAGCCCGGUCGUCGGCAGUGAAGCAUCCCCCUCGUCCCCCCCGCCUCCUCCUCCCAUGCCCGGCUCUAGUGCUCCCCCUCCCCCUCCAGGCCCGGCGCCCGAGGCUCCGGCGGCCCCCGCCCCGCCACCGCCACCUAUGCCUCCUGCUGCCGCCCCAGGUGGUCCUCCCCCUCCUCCGCCGCCGCCGCCGGGCAUGGGGGCGCCACCGCCACCACCUCCUCCCCCGCCCAUGGAUGAUGCCCCGUCCGCCCCGUCGGGAGGCGGACGGCCGGCCGGCUUCCUCAGCGAGAUCCAGAUGGGUCGAUCAUUGAAGAAGACUGAGACGCGCGACAAGAGCGGCGCCGCAACUGCAGGCCGUGUUUUGGAAUAA